CGAAAAUCAUCUUGAAAUUUGUUUGAAAUCGUGGAUAAUCCCGCGAGCGCGAGGCGAGGGAAAUCUCACUCUCAAGCUUCUUCGGCACAUAAAAAGUCUCUUCCUCUUUCUCUCCAAAAGAAUCGAAUCCCUAAUUUCUUCUUCCUCAUGGAUUCGAUUGAAGCACCCUCCUUUUCGCUAGGGUUCGACCUCGAUGCCGCAUCGGAUCCCAAGCCUGGUUUAACCGGAGACGAGGAGCCGGGACUUACGGUCUCAGAUUCCGAUCUGGAGCUUGGACCUGGUAGUUCAAGCCCGGCUCUCAAGCGGUUGCGACGCGGAUUCAGUGAUAUCAACAAGUGUUCUGCGGAAGAUGAUGGCACGGAGGAUCGGGAUGAUGACGACGACGACAUCGAGGAGUUCUCUUCUCCAGAAGAUGCACCUGCAUCAACAAGAAGUCAUUUCUCUAGUUGCAGUUCAAGGGUCUCACUUCGUGGUUCUGGGGUUUUUACUAACCAGCCGUUUUCUAUCUCUCGGAGCCUGGAAAAGAGAAAGCGGUUGGAUGAUGUUCCUGUAUCUACUGGCUCUGGGAUUACUUCUGUUGCACCACUGUUUCAGAGUUCAAAUACUAGUCCUCUGCGAAGGUUCCAGCUACUGGAAUCAGAUUCUGAAGAUGACCACCCAUCCAAACGCAGCAGAGAUUCGUGCCGAGUAACCGAAACUAAUGAUUCAUCUUCUAAGAGAAAGGAGCCUGGAUCUCUGCCAUGUACUGGAGAUCUGUUGAAAGAUUUUCCUCCGGUUGGAGUUACAAAGACUCAAACACCAGCUCAGCGAAGGUUCCAGCUACUAGAUUCUGAUUCUGAAGACGACCACCCAUCCACUCGCAGCAGAGAUUUAAGCGGAGUAACUAAUACCAGUGAUCCAUCCUCAAAGAGAAAGGAACCUGGAAAUAUGCCAACUCGUAGUCCUCUACGAAGGUUGCAGCUACUAGAUUCAGAUUCUGAAGAUGACUGCCCAUCCACCAGAAGGGAUUUAAGCCGAGUAACUAAAACAAAUAAUUCAUGCUCAAAGGUUCAACCAUCUGUUGCAAAUAAACCAAAGAGAAAGGAACCUAGAGAUUUGUGGAAAGAUUUUUCCCCAGCGGCAGUUUCCAAGAUUCAGACACCAGCUCUGGAUGAUGUUUGUCAAGACUAUUUUAGCUCGAUCAAGAAAAGCACUAGUAGCACAGCUCAGAAACAAAGCAGUGCUGUGGCAAGUAGUAGCAAUAGUGGAUUGUUUCAGCAAAAUGAGCAUUUCCUGGAUUCUUCCAACCCUACUCCUCCAUCUCAUCGUUUCUUCUUGCACAGUGAUCCAAGGAUCCAGAAUUUAGCCCGGAAGCGGUUACCAAACUUCUUUCCUCUGGGGAUUUUAAAUGAUCGAGAGAACCGGCGAGAGGAGUGCCUUAUUGAUUAUAUGAACCAAUUUGGCAGCAACGGGAGUUCUAAAACCGGAGUUUCUAGCAGUAAAAGGUGCAGAGGUGGGCAAACAAAGUCAAAGGUCUCGAACUCCAAAGCGAGAUCUGCAGUUCCAAAGGAUGCUGGCAAAAGACGUGUAUCAGCUAACACUGGUAGUGCAGGUCACUGGUUUACAUCCGCAGAAGGAAGGAAGGUCUAUAUCUCUAAAGGUGGACAGGAGUUCUCAGGUCAAAGCGCAUAUAGAUGCUACAAAAAGGAGACUGGAGGCGGAUUUAACAAGUCCAAAAAGAAACGACAGCCAAAGAAGAAGGCGAAGAAGUGAAUAAUUGAAGCCAUUUUUUUCCCUUGAGGAUACCACAAAUUCAAGCUCUCUUUCACAAAGUGCUUUCAGAAAUGACUCCUCUGGAUAUCGACUGUCGUGCUAUGCUAUACGAAACUCCAACACCUCGACGGCUCGACACUUCAAAAGGGUUAAUGCGUCUACUUUAAAGCUUUCUGUCCAAUUGUUUUAAUUAUGUCUUUCUUUUGUGAAUAUGUUGGUUCAUCAUAUAUAUUUCUGGAAAGAUUAGAUUCAUCAACUCCAUUCCCAAAUAGUUUUAUAUACAUUAGCUCUAAGCAGAAUAAUCACAUUGAGCUUUUCAAAA